CUGAAUACUGUAACCAGCCCUACGACAUAGGGCCAUGCAAGUCGUUGGUUCCCCGCAUUUACUACAACGCUGAAACCUCCCAGUGUGAGAAUUUCACCUGGGGAGGCUGUGGCGGCAACGCAAACAACUUUCCAACCCUCGACGAAUGCCUGGAUUACUGCGUCAGGGUGGAGUGA